AUGGCCCUGCGCGCUUCCGCCGAUGAGGCCGAGAAUGUGGCCGCUGGCUUCCGUCUGUUUCGCGACCCGCUGCCAGAAUAUGCCACCGAAAUCACCUCGCUGAUCGCCGACCUCUACGCCAUUAGCUCCUCGCUCAACCGAUUGGACGACCUGCACAAGAAUCGCGCCUACCGACAGAAUCUCGCCGUCGCGCACGCCGAUGUCGAGCUCGUCCGCACCAGCCUGAACUACACCUUUGAGGAUAUCAUUGAUUUCAUGGGCGAGCUGGAUGGCGUCCGCGGGCCAUCGCGCGAUCUCUACCGGCGCACCUGGAUGGACCUGUGCGCCUUCUUCCGCACCCAAUCCCACGAGACCCUGUCCAGCCGCCUGGCCAAGUACAAGACUUUUUUGAAUGAAUUGGAGGAUUAUGUCCGGAAUAAAUCCCCCGACUUGCAGCUCAUGGCCACGCUCCGCGUGGGCUUCAAAGAGCUCCAGUUCCAUCAGGAGCAGCAGCUUGCUGCCCAACUGGCUGCCGUGUCGCUGAGCUCCCCGUCCUCGGCCAGUAGCAACAGCGCCGAUCCCGGCAGCCCCGUCAGCGACCGUCGGCCGCCCAAACGGCGGUCGUAUGAGCGGACACGGCCGCAGACGUCGCCGCAGUCCCCGCUGUCGCCGGCGUCGGGCGGCUUCUUCGACAUCCCGCCGACGGUGCCUGACGCCCCGGGCUCGCCAGUCACGAGCUCCGCCACCAGUCAGACGCUGUCGUCCACCAACACCGUCGCGGAACACUGGGCGAAGCGCGUGUUCCUGGACGAGCAUACGACGACGCUGAUUCCGAAUGAUGGCGAAUGUUCCACAUGUCUCGGAGAACAUCUCCCCGGCGCCAAGCGCAUGCUCCACGAGCAGGGCUUUGAGAAGCUCGUUGAAUUAUCGUUCAAUGGAGACUCCGACUUUCGCGUCCACUUUUACAUCCGCGAGGACGACCACCGCGCCCGCAUCCUGUGCAAGUCCCCGCGCACCUCCCGCGGCAGCGAAUACUACUGUCUCCCUCUGAACAUGCUGGAAAUCGUCUGCGUGGGGUCCUGCCAAGCUGACCAGACAGAACUGGUCGUCUUCUUCUGCACCUUCCUGGCCCUUCGCUCCCAGGACUCGGGGCGCCCGGUGGAACGCAUCCGGGACUAUGAGCUGGAGCGCGAGCAGGAGCUUUUCGGGGGCAAAAUCGUCGACGACAACUUCCUCCAUGCCUUGCGCAUCUACCGGGACACGGUCUCCGGCGCCGUCAGACUGCAAGCGUCUGUGCACAAGGGCGAGAUGAAGCGAUCCCCCAUCUGGACGGCAUUCAUCACCCACCAUAUCGGCACGCGAGGCUGGAUGCGCCGAGCCGAGCCGAAAACCGUCGUGCUGCGGACGCUGCAACGCUCCAUCUUUACCUUUCCCGACUAUAAUCCGCCGCUGACGGCGCAGGGCGAGCACAUUCUCAAGUUUACGAAUCGCUCUGAUGCAACCGCCUUUGUGCAGACCAUCUCCGAACUGGCCGCCUUUCCUUGA